CACAGAGGAAGAAGAGGAGCUAGACGCGAAGAGGACAGAAAAGCAGAAGAAGACUAAUAACAACAAGACGGACACAGCUUGCCUCUCAUUAGGAGGGAAUAAACUUUCAAUUAAUCAUUUCACUCCCUCUGCAGUCGUACCGCCGUCAGUAAAAGCUAGCUGUCAUUUGUAUAUUAAUUUAUUUUUGGAGCAUUAUGUUAGCAUGGUGCCGCUGUGAGCUGACGUUUGACUUUUAGCCCAACUUCUGACAUUUGCUGACACAGCAAACCUGAGAUGAGCUGAAGACAGUGGGAAGGAGCACCUCAUUGCAGACUUUGUCAGGUGACGAGAGUUGAGAGUCAGAGCUAUCAUGGAGGACGACUGCAAGCCUCUCCUGAACUCAGAGCAGCCUGUAGAGAGCUACUCACACAGAGGCUCUACAGACUCACUGGACUUCAAGGCUAAAAGGCCUUUUCACGUAGAGCCAAAAAACAUCGUAGAAGAUGACCCGCAGGAGAGAGUCUCUGCUGAGGCUGCCAUCCUCAACAGCAGAGUCCACUACUACAGCAGAUUGACAGGCUCAUCUGACAGGCUGCUAAGUCCUCCAAACCAUGUUAUCCCCCGGCCAGAGGAGAUCUACAUCUACAGCCCACUGGGUACAGCUUUCAAGGUGACAGGCAGUGACCAGUCCUCCAAAAACCCCAGUAUCAUCACCAUUUUUGCCAUAUGGAACACAAUGAUGGGCACAUCCAUACUCAGUAUACCUUGGGGUAUAAAGCAGGCUGGUUUCACUCUGGGGAUCCUCAUCCUCAUCUUCACAGGCCUGCUGAUGCUCUACUGUUGUUACGUUGUCCUCAAAUCACCAAAGGCAAUACCCUAUGUGGACACAUCCGACUGGGAAUUCCCUGAUGUUUGUAGGUACUACUUCGGCAAGUUUGGCCAGUGGUCCAGCUUGUUCUUCUCGAUGGUGUCACUUAUUGGAGCCAUGGUGGUUUACUGGGUCCUCAUGUCCAAUUUCCUCUUCAACACAGGACAGUUUAUCCACAACUAUGCUUACAAUGUCAACAUGUCAGAUUCAGAGUUUGGAACCAAUGGCUCUGAUAGAGUCAUCUGUCCAUACCCAAACACUGACCCCGGAGGCAACUUCACCAUCAGCACACAUUACCUCGAUAACAGUGGAAAUGAUACUUCUGAUGUCGGCUCUUUUGAACACUGGUGGAGCAAAACUAACACCAUCCCCUUCUACCUGAUCAUCCUGCUGCUGCCACUGCUCUGCUUUCAUUCAGCCUCCUUCUUUGCAAGGUUCACCUUCUUAGGCACCAUAUCAGUGAUCUACCUGAUUGCACUGGUCACUGUUAAAGCUGUCCACCUUGGGUUCCAUCUAGAGUUCCACUGGUUUGACACAACCCAGUUCUAUGUUCCAGAGUUCAGACUGCUCUUCCCUCAGCUGACUGGUGUCCUCACUUUGGCCUUCUUCAUUCACAACUGCAUCAUCACAUUAAUGAAGAGCAACAAGCACCAAGAGAACAAUGUGCGGGACCUCUCUGUGGCUUAUCUUCUAGUAGGACUGACCUAUCUAUAUGUGGGAGUUUUGAUCUUUGCUGCCUUUCCCGCACCUCCUCUCUUCAAAGACUGCAUUGAACCGAACUUCUUAGAUAACUUCCCCAGCAGUGAUGUGAUGGUGUUUGUGGCUCGGACCUUCCUGUUGUUCCAGAUGAUCACAGUCUACCCCCUUUUGGGAUACUUGGUGCGGGUCCAGAUGAUGGGCCAGAUAUUUGGCAAUCAUUACCCCAGUUUCUUCCAUGUUCUAGCUUUGAACAUCUUAAUUGUUGGAGCUGGUGUCCUGAUGGCCAAGUUUUAUCCCAAUAUUGGAUCCAUCAUAAGGUUUUCUGGAGCAACAUGUGGCUUGGCUUUAGUGUUUGUCUUUCCUGCCUUGGUCCAUAUGAUCUCCCUACGAAGGCAGGGGUUGCUCCGCUGGCCAUCAGCCCUCUUCCACAUUUGCCUGAUCUUGCUCGGCAUUGCCAACCUGCUAGGUCAGUUCUUCAUGUGAGAGUCAGACACUCUUAACUGUUCAGAAGCCAGAUUAAAAGGUGUGAUUUGAAAUUAGAUGUAGAAUAAUGUGCAUAACCGCACUUAAGUCAUGGCCACCAAAAUAAUGCUUAGAUAAACCACGGCAGCCUUCAGCCAGUCAGAUUAAAUGUCUGUGUUAUAAGAUUAAAUAUCGCACACUUCCUGUAGUACAAGUGAUGGCCUGUGAUUUGUAGAGGUUUCAGGGCAACAACAUGAAUCCAGUGUCUUCUUUUUAUAAAAGUAUUUUUUUAUUUUCUUCAUGCAGUCCAGCCAGUGGAUGAAAUCUUCCUCAUAAAUAAUUUCUCAGAUGAUACUGUUGUUUAUACCUGCCUAGACUGAUCCCAGACAGCUUGCAUAGACACACUGUGAACUGUUCUGAAACUGUCUUUGAUAACAUCAGCAAGAUGUAGCAAGAUUUCAGGAACAUUUGGAAUAUGGGACACUAUUGAGAGCUAUAAGACAACCAGGGGAGCAUCUUGUUAUUUAAAUUCAUACAGUACAGUUAACUCUACAAUUAAUACUUUUUGUAACAGUGAAUCAAACACCAAUUUUACCUUGCAGGGAAAUAUCAACUAAAUCUGUAGCUCCGCUUAGCUUUACAGGGGUUUAUAGUGGUUUUUAGCUCAUUGUUUCGCUGUCUGACCCACAGCUAUACUGGUUUGGUUCAUUGUCACAGCUCUCAUAGCGUUGUUUUCAGGGAAACAUCUCUAAAGCUCUGUUGUACACUACUUCCUCAGCACCAGUUGGUAGAGACCAAAAACUGAGCUAAAAUUGAGUUUAUAUUGAACUUAGAUUGAUCAGGUGACACAAAAACCACUCCAACGUUACUGCUGCUCCUGAACGUGUAAAUAAGCAACUGUUUGCUGACAAGAUCAACUUAAAAGGUGAUGAUGUGUCGAUGUUGUGUUCACAAUUGGAAUUGUUUCCACUUCCCCCAAGUGAACAAAAAAUCAGUUACUGCAGGUUAAAAUUUGUUACAUGAGAAGCUUCACAGCUGAAUUUUAUGAUCAUUGAGUUCACCAGGGAAUUUACUAACUUUGUGAUUAUGUAACCUGUGUAUAUGUAUUGUUGUGUGCAUAUUUUUUGAAGAAACAUUUGGCACAGUCUUUUAAUUUUUAUGAAGUGUUGAUUUACAUGUAUGACAUGUUUACAUGAUUCCUAGAUGAUGUGUCCAAUGUGUUAUAUUUUACUAAUGAUAGGAUAGACAAAGGGAAUAUGUGUGUGAAAAUAAACCAUCUCAGUCUGUAAGAAUUGUAGUUUCCUGUUUGCUUUUACUCAUCAUUAAAUAAUAAUUAGGGACCGAGCCAGCAACCGGCAAGGUCCCUAUUGUUUUUGCUUGA